AUUAAUCCCUGUAUCACUAUCUAGCAGUUAUUUAAAGUAUAGCGAUUUGAAUCAAGUAUGGUAACCGUAACGUGAAUGUUUGUUACAGUGAUCUAAGAUGUCUUCAGUGUUUUGGUUUUGGUUGAUGGUACGUUUGCUGAUACGUGAACCGGUACUAAGUUACUGUUCUCUAAAGUAACGUUAUAUAGCCGGUUACUAUUUAGUUUAUUACAAUAUUAAUAUAGUGUCUUUGUUUGCAUGCCUUAAGCUAAAAGUUUAGCAGCUCAUAUAAAAACUAGCUCGCUUCACCAGAGAUACUGAGCACCAUCUGACGAUAUGAUAAAAGCUAUGGCCUGGUUAAUUUCGGCCUCGAGUUAAUUAUUAAAAGCCUAACUACUUAGUUUUAAGUACUCAGUAGUUGAAUACUGAACAAUGGGCUCCACACUGUAGUGUUGUCGUUCUCGUUGUGGUCAACAGGUGGCACUGUUCCUACUGUUACGAUGAGUUUAACGGAUGGAUCGAUACAUUGGCGUGCUUAAUGUAACCGGGGAUACAUCAGGCCAGAAGUCACAUUGAUCAAUAGUAUAGAACUCAACACCUGUUACUCGGAUGGUCUGAUAAAGCACACCACGUUCGGAUGGGGUACAAUUGAUUGUUUUACUGCAGCUUUUUGGGCAGAUGUACAGGCUGUAUACAUUCGCUCGAGGUGCUGGAAAAAAAAAUAACACUACACGUGCUGUCUGUGUAGCUUAAUGGUGGGUACGUAGGCCUAAUAUUUAUUUAAUAUGGCAAUUUUCAUAAUAUGAGGCUAAAUUCAAGUGGCGUAGAUUUUUUUAAAGAAAUAAUGUAUACCAAUUUCCAAUAAAUGUGAAUUUCCCUAUAAUGAUCACCAACCGGAGGUAGCCGAAUUAUUUAAUACAGCCCACUUUUAAUUUGAUCAGUAAACCCUAGCUCUGCUUUCAUGUGCUCAAGGACAAUGUCUCAGUGCUUUCUCUGCUAAAGAGGCGCAGAGCAGGUUUGUUUCUUCCCCAAUCUCAUCAGACGAGUCCGCCCGUGUGCUCACUUCGUCAAGAUGUGACGAUAAUCUCUGGUUCUCUAAAGUGCUGUACUUAUAAAUAGGAAGUCAAUGAGAUCAUAAUUGAAGGUGUCCUAUAAAGUUAUUAAGAAAUCCCGUUUAUAUUUUAGUAAGUGUAUUUAAAACCCUGUGCAUCUGCUGUUUGCUUCCUCUGGGCGCUUUUCUAGGUAGUCCCGCCUCCUGCGCGUAAAAAGGACCCGACGCGCUUUUACGCACUGCAUUCAGUUGGAGCGCAAGAGUAUGCCGGACCCGCACAUGGGUUAUCUGAUGCAUAUAGGCUUAUCCUUUCCGAAAUGAUGACUACGGACAGUUGUGAUUUUCUGGAGGGCUUGCAAACCAAAAUUGGAAAGAUGCUGGACUUGAACGUCUCCAAGUCAUUGCGCGAAGACAAUGCCACCAAAAAUUCCAGUUGUGGAUAUGUAUCAGUUGGUUUUCCUAUAUCCAUGAUGAUCACGGGCAUAGUGGGCAACUCAUUAGCUCUUAUUCUGGUGUAUAUCUCUUACAAAAAGAAGGAAAAUAAAAGGAAAAAAUCGUUCUUGCUUUGCAUCGGGUCGCUGGCGUUUACUGACCUGUUUGGACAGCUUUUGACAAGUCCCAUAGUGAUAUCAGUUUACCGAGCUGAUCGGAAAUGGGAGCGUAUAGAUUCAUCGGGCAAAUUGUGCGCUUUUUUCGGUGUGUGCAUGACAACGUUUGGCCUGUGCUCUCUCUUCUUGGCCAGCGCCAUGGCAAUUGAAAGGGCUAUGGCGAUAACAAAUCCCCACUGGUACUCCAACCACAUGAAGACAAGUGUGACAAAGCAGACUUUGGCUGUCGUAUGGUGUCUUGUUUUGCUCUUUGCGCUGCUGCCCAUUGCCGGGGUCGGGGAAUACACACGCCAGUGGCCGGACACCUGGUGCUUUAUCAGCACGGGGGACAGGAAAGUCCCGGGCAAUAUGUUUUUUGCCAUCACUUUCGCUGUACUAGGGAUUUUCUCUCUGCUUGUUACACUUUCUUGCAAUGUAGUGACGAUCCGGGGCUUAAUAAUGCGGUGUAAAACAAAGUCUGGCACGUCUCAGUCUUCAAAGCAGUGGGAACGGCUCACCACGGAGACCGUCAUUCAGCUGUUAGGGAUUAUGUGCGUUCUCCUUAUAUGCUGGUCUCCUCUGCUGGUGCUGAUGCUGAGGAUGAUCUCCAAUCAGGUAUCCUCCCACGACUGCAAUUCAGCAGCAGUGACCUCCAAUCACACCUCUACCCGGGACGUCCAGUUAGACUGUAACUUUUUUCUAACAGCGAUCCGCUUGGCCUCCCUCAACCAGAUCCUGGACCCAUGGGUCUAUCUGCUCUUCAGGGAGAUCCUCCUCCGCAAGUUCUGCAUCAUGGCGAACGCAGUGUCCAACUGCUCCAUAGAGGAACAGAAGGAGACCCAGACGGCAUUGGAUGCCCUUAACAAGCAGAACCAAGAUGGCAACAACCUUCAUAAACCACAAUGUAGCUAAGUCAACCUUUGACAGGAAUUUCUACCUUGUGGCUUUGAGGCCGGGAUAGAUUGGAUGGAUGUGAAAAUGGAUGUACGCUAUUGUCAUGGAUGUGUCGUGGGAAAUAUGGAGACAAAAAUGUUCUUCAAAUGCUCCACAGAAUGAUAUUGUGCAAUUGGAGACACAAUUUGUCUCUGUAUUAGCCAUGUCUGCUCUGGGAGCAUUUGGUUUGCUUAAAACACAUUCCAUUCAAAGUCACCUAACCAGCAUGUGGAUGCAUGACCGUGUCAUCUCUCACAUUUGGCUUCAGUGUGGUUGACAGGAACUCCCUCAAUGUUAGUUUGUUAGCCAGUUUUGAUAGCAUCUCCCAGACCAGAACUGAAGCAUCCUUUCAAUAACUUAAAGCCAUAAGCCAGCUAAAAAACAAUUUUUUUUUAAAUUAAGAAAGAAACUGUAAAUUUGCUUAUGUGAAGUUGUAAAUAGCGUUACAUGAAAUGUAAUCAUGGUGAUCAUUCAAAAGAAAAAUGCAGAUCCUAAACUGAAGCCAAUUGUUGAUUGUAAGAUUAUUUAUUAGUGUCUAUGGUAAUAUGAAAUUAGUAGUUUGUUUGCUAAAUGCAGAUGAUAAUGCUACCUGCUGGGUAUCAGUUGUACAUUUUAUGAUAUACUGUGCGUGGUGCGCCUCGGCUAGCAGCCAGGACUAUAAAAUGUGAAGCUUUUAGUUUGUUGCCACUUUCCCUCCUGAAUAUGAAUGCACUGGUGUAUUGUGCAAUUAUUUUCUCAGCAAUUUUCUCUUCAGAAUAACUUCGAGGCCUGUUAUGAAUGAAGUGUGAGGGAAAUAACUGUAGAUUUGUGGUGUUCAACGUUAAGAGAUUAUGGAUGGCAUGAUGGCCUAAUAUGCUGUCAAGGUGUCAUUGAGCAAUCCCUGCCUUUUCAUCGUAUUAAAAGUAUUCUUGUUCUCUAAGUACACAUUGUGUAAUGACACGUGUAACUAAUUUCACCAACAAAAUCUUUGUUCGAGAAAACAAUUAUAAUAAUUUGUGCAGGCCUUUGACCAGUUAUGUCAAUAUAAGUAGAGAGAUACUGUAGGUAUAGCCUGGCUCCGCCCUCCUACAUACAUACGCUCAAUUUUCAUUUCCCUUCAGUACUACGUUUGGGUUCGCGGUAUA